UUCUUUGUCGCCAUUCUUGUUUGUGAACACACUAUUUUUCAAGCCACUGAAACUCAUCAUUCAUAAUCAUAUAUAUAUAUAUAUAUAUAUAUAUUUAACACUAAAAUCAUCACACUCUAUAUAACUAAUCUCGAGUGCAAGAAAUAUUAUCUAUUUGCAAAUAUUCUUCAGCUCGCCGCGUGUUUCUGACAUUAAAGGUUAUACUUUCAUCAACUUGAAAAGGAGAAAAAAAAUGAUGAAUAUAUUUUCGGUGGUUUCGGGUGCUGCUUCUGCUUGCAAGCCCAUGGUGAGUUUCCAACCGCCACUAAUGGAUAAUGAUAAUUUAAGGUUUCACCAACAACAUCGUAAAGAGAAAGUUGUUGUUGUCAUGGGUGCUACCGGAACCGGGAAAUCCAAGUUGGCGAUAGACUUAGCGAAUCAUUUUCCACCGGCAGAGAUUAUCAACUCCGACAAAAUGCAAGUGUACAAAGGACUUGACAUCACAACAAACAAGGUCACCGAGGAAGAGUGUCGUGGGGUCCCACAUCAUUUACUAGGAACCGUUGAUCCUGAUUCGAGUUUCACAUCCAACGAGUUUUGCGAACACGCGACGCUCGCUAUUGGUUCCAUCGUGGGAAGAGACGGGUUACCUAUUAUAGCCGGUGGUUCAAAUUCGUUUAUCGAAGCUUUGGUUAAUCAUCACCACGAGUUUCGUAUGAAAUACGAAUGUUGUUUUCUCUGGGUGGAUGUUUCUAUUCCCGUGCUUCAUUCGUCUUUAUCCGCACGUGUGGAUCGCAUGAUUGAAGCGGGUCAAGUUAACGAAGUUCGUGACUUUUUCAACCAAAAGAAUUUUGAUUACGAUUACACGAGAGGGAUACGAAGAGCCAUUGGUGUACCUGAAUUCGACAAGUUUUUUAGAUAUGAGUCACAAGGUGUAACGGAUGAAAGAACCAUGAAGAAGCUUCUAGAAGUUGCUGUUGAUGCUCUUAAAAUGAAUAACUGUAACCUUGCAAGUAAACAAGUUCAAAAAAUUCAUAGGCUUUAUGGUAUGUGGAAGAGGAACAUGCACCGUCUUGAUGCUACGGAGGUUGUGCUUAAGGAAGAUAAUUGGGAAGAUCGUGUGUUGGCAAAGAGUCUUAGGAUUGUUCAUAAGUUUCUGUACGAGGAUUGUUCACAUGUCACAAGUGGUGGUGUUGUGCCUGCAAAAAUUGCGUCUGUGGCAGGGGUAACCCAUUAGAGGUAUGGUCGAGCCAGCAAGAGAAGAAUCAAAAAUAUAUAUUAUUAUAUAGAUCAAACCACACCACUGACAUUACAAUAUUAUUUGGCAUUCCCACAUAUUUUUUUCUUAUUUUUUUCUUUCAUCACUCCACUCCCCUUUCGAUAGGGUCUUGUCAUUGGUAGUAAAAGGUUUACUUGUAUACUUACUAGCGGUUGCUAUACAUAUAUCUAUAAUAUAUUAUCCUUUAUUUAA